GCGCAGCGAGAGCACCGCGAGUCUGACGCGUCCCGGGCUGUGCCCCUCGAAGAUGGCGGCGUGAGCGCGCGCCCGCGGCCUCCGGCGGUCAUGCCGCGAUGGCCAGAGAGAAUGUAUUUAAUAAUGAAACACUGUUGUAAACGGAAAGUGACUUUGAAGUGAACUCAAUAGUGAUAGUGAGUGCAUCGUGAAAAUGAUAGUCGAAAUACAAGAGGAGGUUAGAGGGAAGAGGCCUUUUAAGAUAUGGGACAGUUCUCGCAACGUGAGGAAGGGGUUGGUUGUAACUAGCUUCGAGGAGCUCAUACACAGAGGCAAGGAGAAGUUGUCAGUAGCGGCGGGGGAGCCCGUGCGGCUGGUGCUAGAGAGCGACGGGACGCAGGUGGAGGACGGCGACUACUGGCGCACGCUCCCGCCCAACACUGUGCUGCUGCUGCUGCGGCCCGGCGAGCGAUGGUACCCCACCGGCGUCGACGUCAUCAAGGCCGCUAUCUCGGCGAUCCCGAAGAUCGUGUGCGAGACGAUCCACGCGCUCGAGCUGCACGAUGAGACGCCUUCAUGGAAGAUCAUGGACAACAAGGGGCGAGUCACCGUGGUGCUGCACUGGGACCAGCGGCCGCAGGCGUCGCCGGCCGCGCGCUCGCCCUCGCGCCAGCCCAAGCCCGACCGGCGGCCCUCGCUCGUCAUCCAGACGUCGCUGGAGCGGCCCGCGCCGCCGCACAUCACGGUGGUGAACCACGACGAGCCGGGCCCCGCGCGGCGCGCGCACGUGCACACGGCCGACUGCCGCGCCGCGCCGCCGCCGGCCGCGCGCGCCGCGCCCGACGAGUGCGACUUCCACUGCUGCGCGCUGCACGAGGAGGGCCGCCGCAUCGCCGUGCACAAGAGCGUGGCCACGUCGCCCAUCCAGGACGCGCAGCCGCGCGCCUCGCCGCAGGGCCGGCCCAAGGGCCACGUGCGCUUCCUGGACGCCGAGUCGGCGCGACGCGGCGACCGAGACUCGUCCGAGAGCGAGACGGAGAACACGCUCGUCGAGGACGAGGCCGUCACUUCCGAGAAGUUCCUGCUGCUCAUCGAUCAACUGAGCGUCGACCAGAAGCGACACCUCACGAUCAAGGACAUCGGCAUCAUCCUCGAGCGGCUCAGCUCUAAAAUCCUGGACGUGGAGCGGCUGGACCGCGAGUCGGAGUCGGACGACUGCUACAACUGGACGAUCAAGGCGACCAUCCGCGGCGACGCGCUGCGCGAGCUCGGCGUCAUCUACAACGGCAACUACUACGCGAUCAGCGAGCAUCCCGGCUACCGGGACGAGAACGAGGAGGCCGGCGACGAGGCCGAGGAGGAGGACGAGGAGGACCGGCUCUGAUCGGGCCUGUGCGGCGCCGCCGUGCCCGCCGCCGCGGCGCUGCGCCACGCGCUGUGCCGCGUCGCCGCGCGCUGAGCGCCGCACGCCGACCGCACGCCGAGCCGCACGCCGCACGCCGAGCGCCGCACGCGAGCGCCGCACUACAACAGAGACUUUAUGAAAUUUUCAAAUGGCCGCCCGCCAGCCGGCGCGGCGGCCUAGCCCUAGUUAAUGUAAUAGCAAAAUAAAGUAAGUGAAACUGACUUCCUAUCGAUUCCUAGGACGGUGAGUCGGCAGCCAUCGGGCACCAUUCAGAAUCGAUGUGGUCCGCGUCGCGCGAGCGACUGCGGGGUGUUUACUGUAGCGUAAUGUGGAUCGACUUAUCCGACUCGGUCGAUCAGCAGCACAAAUAUUUAUCAUCGACGUUAUUGUCUUUAAUAAUAAUAGGUAAUAAUAAAUUAUAGACGAGUUAGCGACGAGAGCGAGUCCACCGACCGGCCUUCGGACGUUCCGUGCCGCCGCGCGGUAGGCCUAAUAUUUCGACGGUUAUUGAUUUGCGUUCAAACAUGAGUCUUUUCCAUGGUUGAAGAGUGAGUAACACCAUUUAUAUACUAAAAUUGUGGUUAGGACUUUAUAAAAACAAUAAAUAGUCUUAUAUUCGUGGUGUGUGGAGCCGGCCGCUGCAAAUAUGCUUAUUGCGACUGUCGUACUGGUUCGGCCGAUAUUUAGCUGUCGUGGCAGAUAAAACAAUUAUUUUGUUUCAAGCGGAAAACUGAGUAUACACGGGGGAGAUUGUGUGAAUGACAGCCUGGGCGUAGUGGUGUAGCCUUACGACUGGGAGCUCCCGGGUUCGAAUCCCGGCUCGGGUCAAUUUGAGAAUUUAAUUUACCUAAAUUCUGAUUGGCUCAGGUCUCGUCCGGUGGUAGGCUUCGGUCGUGUCUAGUUAGCAUAGAACCGGUGAAAAUGUAUCGUCAAGCAGUAAUGUAUCGUUCUGGUACGAAUACGAUGAGCUGUGCAAUGCGUUUGAGUACCUACACUGCUGCAUGGGCCCCAUUUUCGAUGUAAAGUACUCGUAUAGUACCUAUAUAUACCUAUAUAUAGCACGCUCUUACGUUAGCGCGCUUUCAAAGACAGUAUUGCUGUCAUGUGCUAACAUUAAUAACCAUCUAAUCGUUAGGUUCAACUUUUCUGACAGUGUCCGUAAAUAAUAAUAUUCUAUAUGAAAUAAUAUUUUACAUUUUAUAUUUUGUUUUCAAUUAGCUAAAAUAAUGUGUUACUGUGUGCUGACUUUUUGUAGGAUUUGUGUAGCUUUUUAAUAUUGCUAAAUCUUGAUUAUUUUUUGCGUAUAAUAAGUUAGAAUUUAAAAUUUUGAAAAUCUCCCGACAUCCAUUAUUUUAAGAUGACAAUUUAUUUAUCAAAUUAUUUCAAUUUUAAAGGAAGAACGCUAAUAUAUUCGAUUUGGGUUAGCUUAUGGUGUCACCGACAACCUCUGUAUUAACUACAUUGAUCACAUCACAUUUUAUCUUAAGAAGAGAAAAGACGUUUUGUCGACUACUAGCGGCGGUGUUGAAAUAUCACUAUAUAUCUUUCGUCCCAAUGCUACGAAAGAGUGAGCUAUAUUUUCGUUUUCGCCGAAAUUGGUCGAAAAAUGACUUGUUCUCGCCACUAUACUAAAGCCAUACUCGAUGUGUUGCUUUUUAUAUAAAAACAUUAGAAAUGAAGGUAGAAAAUGCAUGUAAUUUCAUAACUUAUUUAUUUUAAAUUAUGUAUCGUUUAUGAUUUUAAACUUAUUUCGUGGUUGCUUAUUUAUCGUGGUAUGUACCCGUUUAAUAAUAUUCAUGAUCCAUAUGUAUCGUUUGUUCAUAAAAUGUAAUUAUGAAAUACAUAAACGUUUAAAGCUUAUUAAUCGAAUUUAUAUUCUUUAAUUUAAGAACAAAUUAAUUAUAAUAAUUAUUAUUAGGUGUGAAAUGACUAGCGAUAUAGACCCUCAUUUUUGAUUCGUUUGUUGGUAAACAGGACACAUCCAAUAUGGCUGUAGUAUAGAUAAUAUGUCAUAAUGCGCAACUUAGGCCUACUGAUUUUAGUCGGAGGAUAAAAACGUUCACUGAAUUUCGAUUGUGGGCGGAGCGUCUUAAUUAGAACUAGCGGACGCCUGCGACUCUUUAAUCCGGCCUAUCGCAAUAUCUUAGCGGAUACCUACUAACUAUAGACUAUCUCCCUGCCAAAUUUCAUCUUUGUUCACCAAGCGGUUUUCGAGAUUUAUUUUUUAUUUAUUUACCGUCAGAAAAGUUUUACAAUCAGCAGAUAUAGCUAUUCUGUAACGAUAUUUCUACAACUCGACACUGUAAGUCUAAAUUUCGUCUCUAUCUCUCUCUUUCUAUUAUAGAUAAAGAUAGAGACAAAACACUCACACUGUUGAGUUAUGAAAAUAUUGUUACAGACUAGAGCUACAGCAGCAAAUGGCCGAGCGUAGGGAUGAGCCAGUCACUCGAUGACGCGAGUGAUGCGCGAAGACUUGAGACGAGAAUGCGUGAAACACUAUUGCAUAGAUAUUAUUAAUAAAGCGUUUAGCUAAUAAACUGAAUGUUAUUAAAAAAGGUUGUAACUAAAAAUACGAAUAUACCGUCACUGUAAUGUCAUCAUACCAAAUUGGUAUUUGGUAGUUGUAAGUCGAUUCUUGUAUCUAUAAGCUCUAUGAUAUCGGUAGUUAUUAUUGUAUAAUGUUUUUAAUUUUUGUAUAGUACCGAUAAAGUAACACGAAUGUAUAAUAUAUUGAGGUUUAAUAAGUUUUACAGCCCCACUGGGAGUCAUAUGUAUAGUUAUUUAAGGUGUAAUAUUACGAUUAUGAAGUAGGGCGUAGAGAGCCCGGGCACCGCGCGUGUCAUUUGUGAGUACGACUCGAUCGUGAGUGUACAUUGUGGUGUACGAACCUUACGUUUUAUGUGCUGUCUGUUUUUGUGUGUCUACUUUCAGAACGGUUCAUGAAAAAUGUUUACAAAAUCACCCAUAACUUCUCAUGUCCAAUAUUAUUAUUUGUUUAAAGAAAAAUAAAAUACAGUAAUUUAAUUUUAUUACAAUAUUGUAUUCUUGAAAGUUUGUUAACGUGAUUUAGAGAAUUGGGGAAAAUUCAUCAGUAAAGUUGGAAAGUUUAGAGAAGAGCAGAAUUUAAAACAACACUUAUUAAUUUAAGAAAUAUAAAUUUAAUUAGAAUGUAAUUUUUUAAAUUAAAAGCUAGAAUGUUAAGCGGACGUUAUUAUUAUUAGAUAGACCUGUUAUUUUGAUAUAAUAAUAUGAUAUCGUUAUGUUUUUUCGUUCGAACAGAGAACAAUAAAAUUAUCAUGAACCGGUUAAGCUCCGCUUUAAGAACGAUUUUGAUGUUUUGAUACGUGUAACUUAAGAUUAUGAUUUUAAGGUUUGAUAUUGUGACUUGUCUUUAUUAAUUCUAAUUAAAUAAUUUCUAAAAUACUAUUGCUAUAAAAAUUUAGGUGAAGCUAUUUCGAAAAAGUGGCUAAGAUUCAUGAUGGAGUAACGGGACUUUGCGAAAAUAUAAGAAAUUGACUUUAUUAUUAUUAGAAAUUAAAAAAAAAACAUAAAAUAAUCACAUGUUGGUCGUAGAAAAGAGAAAAAUGUUACGAAUAAAGAACUGUUAGAUUUAUUCUUUAUUUGAAAUACCAGUGACUUCAAGUAUAAUGUAAUUUUUGUUGUAAUUAAUAUAAUGACGUAUAACAGUGAGGCGUUAUUAGUUAAAAUAAUUUUAUACAAACCGAACAGAUGCACCUAUUACUAUUAUAUAUAUAUACACAACAGGUUUUGAAUGCUAUUUGUACCUAAAUCUGGUAUGUACCCUCAAUUUGUGUAAUUUUCAAAUGUUGUGUUAAUGUGUUAAACAUUAAAACACACAUAUUUGUUGUUUUCUUAUUUUAAGAUUUGUUUGUACAGCUUUCUAAGUCUAUCGUGUUAAGCAGUUCAUUGUUGUUUGGGUUUUAAUAUUUUAUGUGAACUAAUAAUAAUAUUUUCACCAUAUAUGUAUAUUAUUAUAUGAUUAAUAUGUUUUAUUUAUAUUCGUUAAAAUAUAUAAAACAUCUAGGUAUGUACGAUAAAUAGUCUGUUUAGUGAGUCCAUGUAAUGAAACUCAGCUCGAAUUACUGAAGCUAUUUGACAGCUAUGAAAGUGAGGUGGUUCAAUUAAAAUGCAUUUUUGGACAUCACUAGAAUUUAUUUUUAAACUUGAAUGCCAGGAAGUCAAUAAGAGAAGUAUAGAAUAGAAAUCCUGUUAUAAUAUUUUUUUUAUUUACAAUAAAUAUAUAUUGUAAUCGUAUAACAUAAAUUGGUAGAACAAAAUAUUAGCUAUUGAUGGCUGUGAAACGAAUUGUCUACGAGUAUUGGACGUAUCACGCCUUAUAUAUUGAUGGCUAGAUUGAAUACCCUACACGUGAGAUGUGGUCAUUUGCUCAAUACAGUAACAGAUACUUUGUUUCAAUUAUAUUAUUAUUGUAAUGAACGUAAACUGGUGAGCUAAAAUAAUAAUUGAGACACUAUAACACGAGUAUUAGGUACCUAUCCAGAAAUAUCAAUAAUUUCAUAGUGCCUAUUCAUCGAAAUUUGAAGAAGAGCAGGCGAUAAUUUGUAAAAGUUAUCCAGUGAAUAAUUGAUUGAUUUUGCUAUUCUCUGAAAAAAAAACAAGGUUUCGCGAAUGGUCUAAGUACGUUUGGGUUUUUGUAUGAAAUGUAGUUUACGUAGGUUGAGAAUUUUUAUCAGCCCUUGGUGACGUCGUCGUAUAGAUCCGUAACUAGGAAUUUGGCAGAGAAUUGCAAAAUUAAUUAAUUAUUCCCUGUAAAAUAAAAAUAUUCAUUUAUAAAAUUAUAUUAUAAGAAAAAAUUGAAAAAACGAGUGUUUUUUUCAAUUUUUUUUUGUAUUACUCAUGUACCUAAUGAGAAAUUACUCGACAUUUUCAAACAAUAAAAUUUUAUUAAUUUGCUCGCCAGUAUAUACAUAAAUGUGUUAAUUUUCUUGUAUGUCUUUAUUUUAAUUCUACCGCUCAACCUGCGAUUAUAACCGAUUGACAGAAUUGUAUAAUUAAAGCGAUAAAUAAUAUCUACAUGAAAAUAAUACCACCGUGUUAAUAACUAUAUUAUACUAAUAUACUGCUAUACUAAUAACUAUACUAAAAACGAGAUUGGAUUAAAUCCGCGCCACAUGCAGCAAAGUAAUUUAAAAAUAAAUAAUAACAGUCGUUUGAUUAAAUUUUCAAGAUUUUCAUCCCAAUGUCGUUAAUAUCCGGGUGGGUUAUUCGUGAACUCGGUGACUUUGGAGAAUGAAACCAAUCGAGCCUGUUUGAUAAUCGUAGGUACCUAGACCUACGUAUUAUUACAUUGCAACUUGUUUGAGUGAUACAAAAAAAAAUCAUAGUCCAUAUUUUAUGGAUAAUCCAGAUUUUGGUGGCUUUUAUUUUAUUCGCAUUAAUGAGAAAGCCUUCUUUUUGAUGAACAACUAAAAUGAACUGAAUGUAAAUGUAACAAACGAAUGAUAGUCGCCUUAAUAGCUUAAUCGACGAAGACGAGAGGUGAAGAAGUCCUAGCUUCAAUCCCCUGUCGUCAAGUUCACUAGGUACUGUCAUAUUUUCUAGCAUUUGCUUUUCAAUUAGUCGGAUCAAAAAUAUAUUAUUUACAUCCAAGAAACUUCAUAAAAAUAUAAAGAAAAAUGCAGGUUGAGCCGAAGAAAAAAGUUCAUGUAUCUAUCAUUGAUAAAAAAAGUAAGCGACGAGAAAUUUUAUAUUAUAAUUAUAGGAAGCUUCUAAGAAAUUUGUCAUUACUUGUAACUGAAAAUGUACAUUUUACAGUGUGUAGGAAUGAAGUCACUGUUGUUAUUUCCAAAGUGCAAAAAGAAUACGUAAGGCUAAUCGAUACUUAAAAAAAACUAAUAAUUAAUAUAAUCCACAAGCAAGGAAGCACGUCUAGGAAAUAAUUUAAAUGUGCCAAUGGUUUUUUAUGGUGUUGUCAUUUUGAAAGCUAAUAAAGGUUUUUGUAAUUAAAAAUUGUUCAUUUAAAUUGUAAUAUUUACGUGAAUGUAUUCAAAAAGAAAGAAUGCUGUAUAGUAUGCCAGUAGAACGAGAUAAAUGUUAAAUCUGUAUAAUUUGAUUAUAACUUUUAAAGCCUGAGCUUGUCGUGCUGUACGCUGUAUCUUUAAACUAUCUAUAUUAUGCGUGGUGGAUUUACAAAACGGAGAUUCUGGGUUCGAUCCCCGGCUGCACCGAUUGACGUUUUCUUAAUUAGUUCAGGCUGUGGAUACUACCCUACCGGCAAAGACCUACCGCCAAGUGAUUUAGCGUUCCGGUACGAUGUCGUGUAGAAACCGAAAAGGGUGUGGAUUUUUGUCCUCCUCCUAAAAAGUUAGCCCACUCCCAUCUUCGAUUACAUCACCAUUUACCAUCAGAUGAGCUUGUAGUCAAGGGCUAACUUGUAAAAAAUAAAAAAAAAAUCUUUAGGUAGUCAUUAUGAGUAGCAUAUUUAUGCAUAUUGACUUUGAAUAUUUUUUUAAGACUAAAAUAUUCUGAGAAAUGCAUGAAAAUUGUACACUGUAGCAAAUAUAAAAAACUAAAAAAAAAACUUCAAUUUAUCAAAAAAAAAAUAUUAUUUUGGAUACAGUGUUUUGUCAUGGUACGGCAAUGGCUAGAAAUAUCAAAAAUCUUGAAUUGAAUAUGCUAACGAAAGAAAUCCAUUAUUUCCGGGGUCUUUUGUAGACAGUUUACAAACAUGAUAAAGAGAGAGAUAGUUGCGGGUUGGUUUAUUUUAUCUUUUAAUAACUUUUUUAAUACUGUAUAAUGUAAGCUUUUAUCUCAUUUUGCUGGCUUACUUCGAUCAUUUUUUAUUGAUGACUCAAAGAUCAUAUAAACUGUACCUAUCUUGUAGAUCAAAAUAACAUUAAUACCUAUGCUUUCUUAUUCUCUUAACUCAAACCUAUAGCUGGAAUUGGUUUCAAUAUUCUUUAGUGUUUAUUAUAAUGUAAGUAUUGUGUGUUCAAGUGCCAAAAUUUGUAUUUUGUUAGUUGUUUGAAAAUAUUGCAAGUUUAAACACAGUUUAUGAAAUGCGUUUUGCUUUAAAUUUUCUAAUCAUAAAAUGAAAUAUGUGAAAAUACUUAUAAAAUAAAAAUUGACAAUUUUAUAUAGGAAUCACUUUGAAUUGUUUUUUAAACAUUUGAUGUACCUACCUAUGGCUUUAGCUAGAUUGGCACGAUGUUCAUCUCAGUUAUUAUUACAAAAUAUAACUUUUUAGGGUUCCGUAGUCAGCAAGGAACCCAUAUAGUUUCUCGAUGUUAGUUAAAUAGUGAAUGUAUCGUAUUUUAGCAGCACUAAAUCCUACUAACAUCUUGGUUACAGCAGAGAGUACAGUGUUAGGACUCGCAAUAUUUUCAAAAUUUCGAUUUGUUUUUAAACGUUUUAGGUGUGUGUAACAAAAUUUGUAAUUCGUAGCGACGACUGUGAGAUCCGGGUUCCGUUAGUAACAUUAAGCGACAUCUCGUAUAAACUUCACUGCCACUAAUUUAAAAAUAAAAAUAUUGGAAACGAUUA